AUGCUAAAAAUCCAAGGCAGUAGUUACAAGAUUGAGUAUGAAGGGUUGCAUCUUCUUUGUCUCGCAUGUGGACGUUAUAGGAACUAUAAAGAAAAAUGUUCUUUAUUAAUCAAAGGGAAGAACAAAGUUGGGGAUAAUAGUACCAGUAGUGGGAGUCUGCAAAAUGAGUUGGCAAAAGACAGAGGGGAUAAUCAAGGUGAGAGGGGCGUAGAAGAUGGGCCGUGGAGAAUAGUUCAUAAGCAAAUACGAGGGAGGAAGACGGUGGAAGGUCGGAGGAACACAGUGUCGGGUAGCUUUAAUGAUAAGAUUAUGAAAGGAGGAUCUCGUUUUCUAAUUUUGGAAGAUGUAAAUGCUAUAAAUGGCGAGACAACUGGAAAAAGUAAUGUUGUGGUUGUGGGUAACGAAAAUAGUAAUCAACAUGAGGAUAUAAUUGGCUCGCUUACAAACAUAGAAAUUAAUGGUGAUAAAUGUGGUCAUGACAAUAGGAGACAAAAGCUUAAUAUUAAAAGGAAUAAAGCAACUCUAGCAACACGUGGGGGAAUACAGCGAAAAGAGAAGGUAAGUGGCAUUAGUCAAUCAGGAAUGGAGGGCAUUUUUGGAAAUCUAAAUCCUGGUGAUACUAAAGAGGCAGACAUUUAUGACAGUUACAAUUUAAUAAGGAGAAGAAAGGUGCUUUAG